CUAAGAGUUUGAAGGGACAAAAGGACCGUAAUCAAGAAUGGAUAUUUUGAUCUCCAUUGUAGCAAAAGUUGCAGAAUACACAGUUGCACCAAUUGGACGUCAACUAGGAUACCUCUUUUUCUACCACAAAAAUAUAAAGGAUGUUGAAAAACAACUUGAAAAUCUUAAGACUACUAGAGAAAAGGUGCAAAUUUUGGUUAAUGAGGCAAGAAGUAAUGCAUAUGAAAUCUAUGAUGAAGUCUCGACAUGGUUGUUAGCCGAAGUGGAUGUUGAACUACGCAACAUGCCACUAGAAAACAAAGGUGUAUCAAAUAGGAAGGGUUCUAAUACUUCGUGCCUUAACUUUGUGCAACGACAUAAGCUAAGUAGAAGGUCAAAGAAGAGGGUGAAAGAUAUUCUUGAAAUCAUAGAAAAAGGAAAGAAGUUUGAUAAAGUUGGUUAUCCUGCACCUCUCCCAGAUACUAAAAGUUCUACUCUCCCUGCAGAUUAUCAAAUUUUAGAAUCAAGAACGUUACUGGCUGAAAAAAUUAAGGAUUCACUUGCAGAUCCUAACGUCAACAAGGUUGGAGUAUGUGGCAUGGGAGGUGUUGGAAAAACUAAGUUGUUGGACGAAGUUAAGAAAUUAGUAUUGGAAAACAAAUUGUUUGACCGAGUUAUUGACGUGACUAUAGGUCAAUCUAACGGCGUAGUAGAGAUACAAGACCAAAUUGGAGGAAAAUUAAAUAUGGGAUUAAAUAUGAAGGCAGGAACUAAGGAAGGAAGAGCACCUUUCCUACGAAACAAGUUGGUUGAAAUGAAAGAUGAUAUCCUUAUUAUGUUGGAUGAUUUGUGGGAUGAAUAUGAUCUUCAAAAAGAGGUUGGAAUUCCAUGUCGUUCAAGAUCAAGUAAAGAAGGAUGUAAGAUACUUAUGACAAGUCGAUCUCGAGAUAUAUUAACCAAUAGAAUGGAUGCAGAAAAGUGUUUUGAGGUGAAUUCACUAAGUGAAGAAGAGUCUUGGAAGUUUUUUAUUGCAAUAGUUGGAGAGUUUGAUAAAAAUCGUAUAGAACACCUAGCGAGGAAUGUGGUAAAAAAAUGUGGAGGGUUACCAAUUGCACUAAAAAUUAUUGCAAAAGCAUUAAAGGGGAAAGACGUACGUAUUUGGAAGGAUGCUUUGGAGAAAUUGGAAAAACGAGUUUCAGUGAAAAUUAAAGGAGUGAGUGACCAAUUAUAUUCUUGCCUUAAGUUGAGUUACGAUCGGAUAGAAGAUGAAGAAACUCGAUUACUAUUUCUUUUGUGUAGUGUAUUUCCAGAUGAUCACAAAAUUCAUGUGAAAGACUUGCAGAUGUAUGCUAUGGGUAUGGGAUUACUAAAUGACAUAGAUAAUUGGGAAACAUCAAGGAAUAUGGUAGUUGAGUUGGUUGAUCAUCUUAAAUCUUCCUCAUUACUACUAGAAUCCAACUCAGGUGACAAUUACGUUCAAAUGCAUGAUGUGGUUCGUGAUGUUGCCAAAUACAUUGCAACAAAAGAAAAUAAAAUGUCAUCAUUAAGCUAUGGGCGUGGACAAAGUGAAUGGCGAGAAAAGGAGAGAUGCGGAUCUUAUAAUGUAAUCUUUAUAGAUUGUGUAGACUUUCCCAACCUUCCACCAAACAUGGAGUUUCCAGACCUUCAGAUGUUAAUAUUAAGAAUUCAAUCCUUUUUUGGGGAGGGGCGAGCUAUUCAAAUUCCAGAAGCUCUUUUCGAAGGAAUGAAAAAGCUUAGAGUUUUAGACAUGACAAAGAUGUGUUUUGAACCAUCAAAGACAUCGUUUACUCACUCGUUAAAGAACCUUCAAACAUUACGUAUGUCAUAUUGUGAAUGUAAUGACAUUUUAACAAUUUUUCAGCUAAAGAAAUUGGAAAUUUUGAGGAUUAACGGAAUUAUGAUUAUAACGUUGCAGGUUUCAUUUCCUGAGUUGGAGGAUUUAAGGAGUGAAGGACUUAGUUUGGAGACGCUAUGGCAUAAUAAUGGGCUAAGUACACAUCCCUUUUGCAAACUCCAAAAUAUACGUAUUCAAUAUUGCAACAAACUAAAAUAUGUAUUUCCUUCGAACGUGGUGACAUCGCUUGUUUUCUUAAAGAUAUUAGAAAUUUAUACAUGUGAAUUAUUAGAAGGGAUAUUUGAAGUUGAAAAGUUGACCGAUGAAGCCAGAGCCACAGUGCCAUUGACAAAAUUAAUUCUAAUUAGCCUACCUAAAUUAAAGUACGUGUGGGACAAAGAUCCUGGUGAAUUUUUGACAUUUCCAAACCUAAGAAAAGUCGAGGUUUCAGGUUGUCCUCGUCUUAAAAGUUUUGUUCCAACUUCUUUCAUCAGACAUAUGGAUGAGACUAAAACUUUAGUCACUGAUGAAGCCUCCAAGUUGGUGGUUCCUGAGAUGGUAUUAUCAAAGGGGUUUGGAGAUGAGAAUAUAGUUACUUUGUCGGUGGAAACGAGUCAAGAAUCAAACUUCAUUCAAGUGAAAAAAUGUGACAAGAUGAAUUGUUUACUGCCAUCAUCAAUCUCAUUCUUCAAUUUGAAUUCUCUGAUCAUUUGGGAGUGCAAUGGAAUGAUAAAUUUGUUUAGUUCCUCUGUGGCGAAAAGUCUGGUGAGUCUAUAUUGCUUAACUAUAUCUAAUUGUGAAGAAAUGAGUUCGAUAAUUGCAAGAGAGGAAGAAGAAGAAAAGGAUGAAGAAAUUAUUUUCAAAAAAUUGACCGAUCUGGAAUUGGAUGAUUUGCCAAGAUUAGCAAACUUUUACUCUGGAAAAUACUCGCUUAAAUUCCCCUGCUUGAACAACUUGCGAAUAACAAAAUGCCCGAAAAUGAAGCCAUUUUCAUAUGGAAUAGAAAAACAGGAGAAGCUGAACGGGGUAUAAAUGUCAUUACCCAAGACUUCCAUCAAGAAGAGGUAAUCUAUAAUUGAAAGGAGGCUUGUGCAUUCUAUUAUUUAAAGCUAUAUUUUGAAAUUUCCUAUCAUCAAUUUUCACCAUGGAAGCUGUGAGAGGAAAGCAGCUGCUAAAUUG